AUGAAUUUGCAACACAAUAUGAUUUCGAAAACCAACUCGUCAAAAAAAAAAUUUUAUAGCACUUAUGCGAGUCGUUUAAAGCAAGGGAAUACCGCUUUAGUCUUACCAAUGAUAAGAGGAGGGAAAAAACGACAACGUGGAGGUGGGCACGGCUCUCUUGCCGAAGAUUCUGAUGACGUAGCAGACCUAUUUGAAGACGAAACUAGAAAUACGCCACCCUUGGAAAAACGUUCUGCAAACGGAGUAACUGCAAAUGGUGAUAUUCCUGUUGUGAAGCGGGCAAGAAGUAGAACUAAACAUGUAUACAAUUCUCACAAAGAAUUGGAACGCAAUGCAGAGCAGAAAGAAAUCCUAAUACCUAUAAAACUAGAUUUCGAUAUCGGAACUCAUAAGUUACGUGACACGUUUACUUGGAAUCUUAAUGAAAAAUUGAUCACGCCAGAACAUUUUGCGGAAAUAAUGUGUGUAGACUUGGAUCUUCCAUCUUCUGAAUUUGUUACAGUUAUUUCAGAUACCAUUCGUAAACAAAUUCAAGAAAAUGAAAUGAUGACCGAUUGUAAUCCACCAAAGGAUGAUAGUAGGGUCCUUAUUAACCUUGAUAUAAAUGUCGGGAAACUCAGCCUUCGUGACAGGUUCGAGUGGGACCUCAGCUCAGACUUGACACCCGAGGAAUUUAGUAAAUCAUUAGCGUCAGAUCUUGGAAUUGGUGGAGAAUUUGUUACAUUAAUUGCACAUAGUAUCCAUGAACAAUUGUUAAAGCAUAAAAAGGAGAUAAAAUCCGACGAUUCAGACAAUGAACACGAACCAUUGAAAUCAAUCUUUCGUAAUAUUGAAGAUGCUGAUGAAUGGUGUCCUGUCUUAGAAAUACUGACUGAAGAAGAAUUAGAAAAAAUAAGACUAGAUAAAGAAAGAGAUAUAAGACGGAUGCGCAGGGCAACUUCGCGUAGCAUUGCGCGAAUUAGACCAUCAAGAACAUUACAAAAUGGUCUUGUAUUGUCACCAACCUCAAGGAUGAGAAGCGAUCUCAAAGCCACAAAAUUAUCAGUCGAAGAAUUAGUUCAUUGGCGAUGUCAACACUGUGGUAUUGAUGGUCAUAAUACACCACUCGUUAGGAAAGGUCCAGAUGGUGGCAAGACCCUUUGCAACGCAUGCGGCUUGGUAUGGUUGAACAAAGGCGAAUUACCGCCGCACCGAAAAGCAUUGUUCAAAAAGGACGAUGACUAA